AUGAAUGCAAUAAAUGGUGUAUAUUUAAUAUAUAGUAAAAUUUUAGCAAACUCAAAUAUAGAAAUGGAAAAUAUUGGUAAUGAAAAUAGUGAAAAUAAUAAAGUAAAAAAUAUUUUUGAAAAUGUAAAAGUUGAUGAUAAAUUAAUGUGUAGUAAUUCAAUAGAAGUUUUCUACUAUUCAAGUAGUUUAUUUGAAGUUUAA